AGAUCACAGCUUUCGCACUGGCCAGCCACACCGAAAAGAAAAAAAGCAACGUGGAGAGUUCAUCGCAUCCUCACCGCCAGUCUCAUCAGCGCCACUCAUUGGGAUGAUGAGUCGGAGUAUUAUUUGAAUUGUCUUCCCUUUCAUGAAUAUUUAACUUCUUUCCUUUCCAAAGCGUAGAUCCUGUAUCAUAUAUUAAAAACCCAAACGAAAGCGAACAUGCGUCGCGCUUCCGACGAGACCAGCGGCUCAUCCGAGUACGAGGAAAACACGGAGAGCACCGAGGAGGCGUCGGAUAGCGGCAACGACACUCACCUCGACGCGCCCCUUCCCGUCCCAUCAUCCCACGGCAGCGACAACAAGUUCCCACAGUCUCCGUCGACGCUCAGCGGCCCGCACGACCGCGUCGGCGCGCAGUCACCAAGCAGCCUCAGCAACGGCAGUCGCCCCGUGCAGCAGCUGACCGCGUCGCACCUUGAGAACACGCCGCCCGCAUCGGUGCAAGGCGGCCAGCUCAUGUCCAACAACCCCAACGAUGAGCGGGUGGAGGUGACCGGCGCCGAGAACGUUGUGACGCCGCACGCCUCGCUGCAGCCCGACCGCGCCGAUGCGGGCCACGUGGACGGCGACGGGAGAAUGGGCCGCGUGAUUGAGAAUUCACCGCAUGAUGAGGCGAUCCCGGUGUCGGGCCCCGCGAGCCAGGUGGCGACGCCGAUGGCGAUGCGCGUGGGCGGCGGCGGCGCGAUGCGGCCGACGGACGACGAGGACGACGACGAUGACGAUGAAGAGGAAGAGGGAGAGGAGGACGAGGAGGGCCAGGACGCAGGGCAGGAGCACCGUGCCGAGGGUUACGCCGGACAGAAGCCGGGCGAAAUCGCGGAGACGGCCCCUGCUGCCGCCUUGCCCCUCGAUCCGCAGCUUGGCUACGACCCGGCCAAGUACGCGCGCGUGAACGCCAAGGCCAGCCGCGCGAUGCAGGACUUGUUCAGCACGAUUACGCGCUACGAGCCGUUUGAGGCGGAGCUGCCGGCGAAGCUGCGGCCGUUUGUGCCGGACUACAUUCCCGCGAUCGGGGACCUCGACCCUUUUGUGAAGAUCCCCCGCCCGGAUGGGGAGCAGGACGGCCUCGGGCUGUACGUGGUCGAUGAGCCGACGAUCCCGCAAUCGAACCCGGCGGUGGUGUUGCUCGAGCUGAACGCGACCAACGCCCACGGCGUGGCGGCGGAGGUGGUGGACUCGCUGGAAAACGCGGCGAACCGGCCGGAAGUGAUUGACCGGUGGAUUUCGGAUAUUAAGAAGGUGCAUUACAAGAAGGCGCUUCCGACGGUGAACUACCAACGGCCCAUGCCGGACAUCGAGACGCUGAUGCAGGUGUGGCCUCAACAGUUUGAGGAGGUACUGAACUCUGACAUCGCCUUCCCACCCUCCCACAUUGACCUCGAUCUAGACCAGUACGUUCGCACCCUGUGCGCUAUUUUAGACAUCCCCACAUACACCUCGCUCAUUGACUCGUUGCAUGUGAUGUUCACCUUGUACGAGGAGUUUCGCGCAAACCAGCAUUUUCAGCACGUGUGA